AUGCGCAAUCCUAUUAAGGGCCUGUUUGGUUGGAGAAGCUCGCUGGCUUUCUUUUUCUUCCACAAGCUCGGUCUGUCUCGUCCUCCAGGUCUUUUUCUCGGUCUGUCGGAGCUCUCGGUCUGUCGAAGCUCUCGCCGUUCUUCUGGUCUGCCGUGCUCGAAGCCCCGUCGUGCGUCGUCCCAUCAGGUCGUCCUCUUUGAAGCUCUCACCAUGCAUUCCCAGAUGAGCAAGAAAUUUGAAAAUCUUUUACUGGUGCAACAUUGGUUUGAAUUGCGUCGAAGAACACCAGCUCUUCUUGCUUGUGUCCUUGUAAAAGCAUGUGCAAGUGACAUAUGUUCGAAAAAAAUAAGUUAUAGUUUGAGUGGCAAGAGAGAAAUGUUUAGGCGUUCUGGUGAGACAAUUAGUCGUCAUUUUCAUCAAGUUUUGACAGCUAUCAUUGACUUAGAAGAAAAAUUUCUUGUUCAACCUAAUGGCUCAACCAUCCUUCCUGAAAUUAAAAAAGAUAAGAAAUUCUUCCCAUAUUUUAAGGAUUGUGUUGGUGCUAUUGAUGGAACACAUAUACGAGUCAAGGUGCCUUCUUUAGAUGCUCCUAGAUACCGUGGUAGGAAGGAAUUUCCGACACAGAACGUCUUAGCAACAUGUACCUUUGAUCUAAAGUUCACUUAUGUGCUCCCUGGAUGGGAAGGUACUGCAUCUGACUCAAGAAUCAUUAAAAAUGCAUUAACACGAGAAGAUAAGCUUAUAAUUCCUGAAGGUAAAUAUUACCUUGUCGAUGCUGGAUUCAUGUUAACAAGAGGACUUGUAACACCUUACCGAGGAGUCCGUUAUCAUUUGAAAGAAUAUUCAAAACGGAAUCCCCCCCUAAAUUAUAGAGAGUUAUUUAACCUUCGACAUGCAAAAUUACGCAAUGCCAUUGAACGUGCUUUUGGUGUUUUGAAAAAAAGAUUUUCCAUUCUAUCCAAUGCAACUGAACCUACAUAUGGAAUUAAAGCACAAAACAUGAUAAUAUAUGUAUGUUGCAUUCUUCAUAACUUCCUUGUGAGUAUGGACCCUAUUAAAGAUCUUUUAGAGGAAGUUGAUGCUGUUCUUACAAGAGAAAACCAUUCAAAUGAUAAUAACCGUGCUCAAAGAGGGGACAAUAAUGAGGCUGCUCGAGGUGAACUUCUUAGAGAAAAUAUAGCCAAUCAGAUGUGGGCAGAUUAUCAGGAACAUCUGGCUACUCUUGAGAAUGAACUUAAUGAUUGA